AUGCCUAAUCAAUUAAUCCUAACCGAAGGCUACCGGCCCAUUGUUACGACACUGGUUCAGCAAGGCCUCACCAACCGCCAGAUACAGGACAACCUCUCGACUCAACAUGGUGUCGACUGUUCGCAGAGCACCAUCAAACGCGCCCGCUCCAACUGGGAUUUACAAAUGGCGCCUGAUAAUGAAACUCAAGAACUACAGAAUGAUCUCAUCCAUUUCUAUCACCGUCAAGGUUUUGUCGCGGAGCACCUCCUUUCGAUACUUGAAGAGCGUCAUGACAUCAGUAUCUCACCGCGCACCCUGGCGCGACGCUGCACACUACUUGGCCUACAACGCAGGAAAGACGAUGUUGAUCAAGGACUAGUUACGUUGGCCGAUGUAGCUGAGUUGAUUCGACACUCAAAGCGGCGCGCGGAUGGUAAGCGCGCUGGAUACCGCCGUGUCCACCACAUCCUUCGGAACCAAUACCAUGUUUCCGUCCAUCGGAAACAACGAGACAAACGAACUGUGCUCCCUACCGCCUGCGCACCCAAUUACUGCUACUACGCACCCCUCUCAGCGAAUGGAGUUGAAGGUCUCAUCGCUGUGCCGCCGGAACGUGUUGAUGGGCUCCGCGCUCAAUACUAUCCUAACGCUGACGAACUCAUGAUGACUUCUCCCAUGUGGCUGACCGAAUUUGUAACCGCCGCACAAACAACCCUGCAGAUAGAACCAGCAGCGAUCACUAUGGAUAACGUUUGGACGGCAUUUCACCAGAUCCUUGCUUUCAUGCGCGCUUACGAUUUGUCCUUACUCGCAACCCCCCAUGGACAGCCUCGUGUACCAACCAACCACGAACAAGCCCUCAUUUCUGUCCAAAAUAGAUUUAGUCGAGUCCCACAUUAG